AUGUACGGGCUCCCCAACCCCUUUGCAAAGGUCGUCGUGGACGGGUCUGGCCAGUGCCACUCAACCGACACUGUGAAGAACACGUUGGACCCCGAGUGGAACCAGCAUUAUGAUCUGUACGUUGGGAAGACAGAUUCUAUAACCAUCAGCGUGUGGAACCACAAGAAAAUCCACAAGAAGCAGGGAGCUGGCUUCCUGGGCUGUGUGCGGCUGCUCUCCAACGCCGUCAGCAGGUUGAAAGACACCGGAUACCAGCGUUUGGAUCUAUGCAAACUAAAUCCCUCAGAUACUGAUGCAGUCCAUGGCCAAAUAGUGGUCACUUUACAGACUCGAGACAGGAUAGGCCCUGGCGGGUCCGUGGUAGACUGCAGGGGACUGUUGGAGAAUGAAGGAACCGUGUACGAAGAAUCGGGGCCUGGGAGGCCACUCAGCUGCUUCAUGGAGGAGCCAGCCCCGUACACAGAUGGCCCCGCGGCUGCUGCUGGUGGAGGAAACUGCAGGUUCGUGGAGUCCCCAGGACAAGAUCAAAGACUUCAGGCACAGCGACUGCGAAACCCAGAGGUGCGAGGAUCGCUCCAGAUGCCCCAGAACCGGCCGCACGGCCACCAGUCCCCAGCACUGCCCAAAGGCUACGAACAAAGGACCACAGUGCAAGGGCAGGUUUACUUUUUGCACACACAGACUGGAGUCAGCAACCCCCGGAUACCAAGAGACCUUAACAGUGUGAAUUGUGAUGAACUCGGACCACUGCCUCCAGGGUGGGAAGUGAGAAGUACGGUUUCAGGAAGAAUAUAUUUUGUAGACCAUAAUAACCGAACAACUCAGUUUACAGACCCAAGGUUACACCACAUCAUGAAUCACCAGUGCCAACUCAAGGAGCCCAGCCAGCCACUGCCCUUGCCCAGCGAAGGCUCGGGAGAAGAUGAGGAGCUUCCAGCCCAGAGACAUGAGCGUGACCUCGUCCAGAAGCUCAAAGUCCUCAGACACGAGCUCUCGCUUCAGCAGCCCCAAGCUGGUCAUUGCUGCAUCGAAGUUUCCAGAGAAGAAAUAUUUGAGGAGUCUUAUCGCCAGAUAAUGAAGAUGCGACCAAAAGACUUGAAAAAGCGCCUGAUGGUGAAAUUCCUGGGGGAGGACAGCCUAGACUACGGCGGGGUGGCAAGGGAGUGGCUUUAUUUGCUGUGCCAUGACAUGCUGAAUCCGUACUACGGGCUCUUCCAGUACUCGACGGACAACAGCUGCCUGCUGCAGAUCAAUCCUGACUCCGCCAUCAACCCCGACCACUUGUCUUACUUCCACUUUGUGGGCCGGAUCAUGGGCCUGGCUGUGUUCCAUGGACACUACAUCAACGGGGGCUUCACGGUCCCCUUCUACAAGCAGCUGCUGGGGAAGCCCAUCCAACUGUCUGACCUGGAGUCGGUGGAUCCCGAGCUGCAUAAGAGCUUGGUGUGGAUUCUAGAGAAUGACAUCACGCCAGUCCUGGACCACACAUUCUGCGUGGAGCACAAUGCCUUCGGGCGCAUCCUGCAGCACGAGCUAAAGCCUGAUGGCAGGAAUGUGCCCGUCACUGAGGAGAACCAGAAGGAAUAUGUCAGGCUGUACGUGAACUGGAGGUUCAUGUGUGGAAUCGAGGCCCAGUUCCUAGCCCUGCAGAAGGGCUUCAGCGAGCUCAUCCCACAGCACCUCCUGAAGCCAUUUGACCAGAAGGAAGUAGAGCUGAUCAUAGGCGGCCUGGACAAAAUUGACUUGAAUGACUGGAAGUCAAGCACGCAGCUGAAGCACUGUGUAGCCGACAGCAACAUCGUGCGAUGGUUCUGGCAGGCGGUGGAGACCUUCCACGAGGAGAGGAGGGCGCGGCUCUUGCAGUUUGUGACGGGAUCUACACGUAUCCCUCUCCAGGGCUUCAAGGCUUUGCAAGGCGCCGCAGGGCCCCAGCUGUUCACCAUCCACCUGAUAGACACCAACACGGACAACCUGCCCAAGGCACAUACCUGCUUUAACCGGAUUGACAUUGUGCCUUACGAGUCCUAUGAGAAGCUGUACGAGAAACUGCUGACGGCAGUGGAGGAGACCUGCGGCUUCGCCGUGGAGUGAGAGGCAACCAAAGGCACUGACUCUAGCUCACACCCACCAGCCCAGUGUCACCAGUGUGCGCCUCCUGCACAGCACGAGGCCCUGGGAUUCCAGAUAACCCAAGGGACAUGGUUGUCUUUCCUCCUCCUCGCUGGGGGAGGGAGGGAAGGAGCAGGGACCUUGGUCAGUGGCUCCCCCCAUGACCCCUCCUGGAUAAUAGUUCUCCUUUCCCUCCAUCACCCAUCAAAUAAAACGUGGCCAGGCUUAGCCUCCGGCCUCGGUCACACAGGAUGCUCUUCGGGGGUGGCCUCCGCCAUAGCGCAGGGUCAAGCCCAGCUGACUGAGGGUUUGGUAGCGGGUGUCGUUCCUUCCACAGACAGCCCGAGGCCCCUUGUCCAGCCAGCAGCCGUGUGGAUGGCACCUGAGCUCAAGCCCCCAUUUCUGCCCUUGGGGCAGGUGGAUUGCUAACUGCAGUCACUGGGUAACAGAUGCUUGCUGGGUGUCGGCCACACACACGUCCCUGUGAGAGGCAAAGGUGUCUGAUCCACUGGCACCGAGGCCGGGGGUUCUCUGCAGGGUGUCCUGGCUGGAAAAUGUCUUGUGCACAGAUUCCACUUUGCUGUGGAAGUGAUCCCAGAGCCAUCCACAGGUGGUCCUGGCGCUGUGCAUGAACCAGCACUGACGGUGUUGCUUGAAGUAUUAACGUGUAUCUGUGGUCAUUGCUGAGAGCUUAGCUAACACGAUGAGGCUGUUACCAUGGUUGCUGGUGUCAUGCAGAGCAGCUUAGGAGCACUAAUGAUGAUGUAGUCAGCC